AUGAUUAUCGCACAUUAAACUUUUUUUGUUUUUCUAAAACAGUAUUUGAAGUUUGCUGCUUUUGAGGAAACUAUGAAUGUGUUUGUUAAGGAAUGCAAAAACAAGGGAAAGGCAAUCCCAAAACCACCAAUGAAUGCUGGCCAGGACAUUAAGACUUCACACAUUCAGGAAGGUUUGCUUAAAGCGUUUGAGGAUGGAAACAGAAAGGUAUUUUUAAACUUGUGGGAACAGCACAUUUUACCUCAAACUGGAGUUGAUGAGCAGCUGCCUCAGAAAUUGGAAUUUCACCUUCAAAUUCAUUUUGCCAUCUUUCCUCUAAAGAAUUCUAGAAAACCUGACAAAGAUGAAGUGGAUGAAAGAACAUCACAUUUCAAAAGCUAUCUAGAAACUAGAGGUGCUGCAUUGAGUCAGACAACGGAGUUUUUGCCCUUUUACGCACUUCCAUUUGUCCCCAAUCCCACUGUGCAUCCCUCUUUUAAGGAGCUUUUUCAGGAUUCAUGGUCUCUGGAAUUGAAAAUGAGACUUCAAAAAUUUCUGUCUGCAACUUUGAAAGUGACCAAUGUCCCAAAACUGCUGUCUUUAUUUAAAGAAAACGGACAGAAUUCGAAAGAGUUGUUGCAACAACUUCAGCAACAGUUAGUAGAAACAGAGAGAAAAGCAGCAACAUACAUGAAGAGGUACAGAAAGAUGCAAGAGGAUUACCACAGCUUGAUUGGAGUCACUGCAGAACUUGUAGAUUCUUUGGAAGCUACAGUAAAUGGUAAAAUGAUUACACCAGAAUAUCUUCAGAGUGUCUGUGUGCGACUGUUUAGCAACCAAAUGAGACAAAGCGUGGCCCAAAGCAUUGACUUCACAAGACCAGGAACUGCAUCAUCUAUGCUGAGAGCAUCCGUUGUUCCUGCUAUGAAAUCAAAAGAUGUACCUCUGUUACCAUCUCUUGAUUAUGAAAAGUUGAAGAAUGAUUUGGUCUAUGGAAAUGAUCGACUAAAGGCGCUUCUUUUGCAAGCACUACGUUGGCGGCUGACACAGUCUCAUCCUGGAGAGCAAAGGGAUACAGUCCUUCAGGCUUACAUUAGCAAUGAUCUGCUGGAAUGUCAUAAUAAGGGCCAGAAGAGCCUAAUUAAUUUGUUAAAUUCAAAGAGUGAGAUUGUCCGACAGUAUACAGCACGACUAAUAAAUGGCUUUGCAUCGCUAUCACAUGGUCGAACGUAUUUGGCACAAAGCACAGUGUUAUUGAAGAUUCUUGAAGAAGCACUGGAGAUGGAGGAGGAAGAUUCCAUAACGAGGGAAAAUGUGUUAGGAGCCCUACAGAAACUUAGUCUCAGAUUACUGAAGAAACUGAGAGCCCACGGGAUCCAAGGUAAACGGAAAUGUGUAGAAGAUGCAAGACGAGUAUUGAAAGUGUUGUCUGAUCUUUUAGGUCAUGAUAAUCAUGAGAUAAGGCCAUAUGUUAAUGGAGCUUUAUACAGCAUUCUUGCCAUCCCUUCAAUACGCGAGGAGGCAAAAGCUAUGGGCAUGGAAGAAAUACUGCGGUGUUUUAUUAAAGAAGGGAAUACUGAGAUGAACAGACAGCUUGAGUUUAUUAUAAAACAACUCAAUUCAGAGGAGGUGCUUGAAGAAUCAGAUUCUGAUGAUGAAGAGGAAGAAGAUGAUGAUGAUGAAGAUGACCAGGAUGCGAUGGAAGCCGACUUGGACAAGGCUGAAAUAUUAAAACCCCAGCCUGGAGAGUUAUCAGGAGAAAAACUACUGACAGCUGAGUAUCUAGGGAUAAUGACAAACACAAUGAAGGCCAAGAGAAAGCCAAUGCCACUUUUGAAUGAAAGUGUUGAUGAACCUCUCCGACGACCAGUUACGCCCAGCAUGCACAGAGUGGGUUACACAUUGUGA